GAUGGCCGACCCGGCGCCUCCCGCCCCGGCGCGCGGCGACUUCACGCGGUCGGUGAAGCUCAAGUACGUGAAGCUCGGGUACCACUACCUGAUCACGCACGGCGCGUACCUGGCGGUGGCGCCGCUGCCGGGGCUCGUGGCGGCGCACCUCUCCACCUUCACGCUGCACGACCUGGCCGACCUCUGGCAAGGCGUCCUCCACCACAGCCUCGGCUCCCUGCUCGCCUGCCUCGCCUUCCUCGUGGCCGCCUGCACCGCCUACCUCGUCACCCGCCCGCGCCCCGUCUACCUCGUCGACUUCGCCUGCUACAAGCCCGACGACGCGCGCAAGUGCAGCCGCGCCCGCUUCAUGGACUGCACCGAGAAGCUCGGCACCUUCACCGACGACAACGUCGAGUUCCAGCGCCGGAUCGUGGAGCGCUCCGGGCUGGGCGAGGAGACGUACCUCCCGGAGGCCGUGCUCAACCUCCCGCCCAACCCCUCCAUGGCCAACGCGCGGGUGGAGGCCGAGAAGGUCAUGUUCGGCGCGCUGGACCAGCUCUUCGCCAAGACGGGCGUGAAGGCCAAGGACAUCGGCGUGCUCGUCGUCAACUGCAGCCUCUUCAACCCGACGCCCUCGCUCUCCGCCAUGGUCGUCAACAAGUACCAGCUCCGGGGCAACAUCGUGAGCUACAACCUGGGCGGCAUGGGGUGCAGCGCGGGGCUCAUCGCCAUCGACCUCGCCAAGGACCUGCUCCAGGCGCAGCCCGGCACGUACGCCGUGGUGAUCAGCAUGGAGAACAUCACCCUCAACUGGUACUUCGGCAACGACCGCUCCAUGCUGGUGUCCAACUGCCUGUUCCGCAUGGGCGGCGCGGCGAUCCUGCUCUCGAACCGCCGGUCGGCGCGGCGGCGCUCCAAGUACCAGCUGGUGCACACGGUGCGCACGCACAAGGGGGCGGACGACAAGGCGUUCCGGUGCGUGUACCAGCAGGAGGACGAGUCGGGCAAGCGGGGCGUGUCGCUGUCCAAGGACCUGAUGGCGAUCGCCGGCGGCGCGCUCAAGACCAACAUCACCACGCUGGGGCCGCUGGUGCUGCCGCUGAGCGAGCAGCUGCUCUUCUUCGCGACGCUGGCGGCCAAGAAGCUGGUGAACGCCAAGGUGAAGCCCUACAUCCCGGACUUCAAGCUGGCGUUCGAGCACUUCUGCAUCCACGCCGGCGGGCGGGCGGUGCUGGACCAGAUGGAGAGCAACCUGCAGCUGACGGAGUGGCACAUGGAGCCGUCGCGGAUGACGCUGCACCGGUUCGGCAACACGUCGAGCAGCUCGCUGUGGUACGAGCUGGCCUACGCCGAGGCCAAGGGCCGGAUCAGGAAGGGCGACCGCACCUGGCAGAUCGCAUUCGGGUCCGGGUUCAAGUGCAACAGCGCCGUGUGGAGGGCGCUCCGGUCGGUGAACCCGGCCAACCCCAGGGACGUCGCCGGCAACCCCUGGGCCGACGAGAUCCACCGGUUCCCCGUGCCCGUGCCCAAGUUCUCCGCCAUCGAUCCUCCCACUCCAUCCAGCGACACCGCCCAGCAAUAAGGAUCCAGAGCCACGUACGUACGUCUUUUGGUCGAGUGAGUCUGUAGCUGCCUGGGGUUGCAUUGCAGCAUUGGUACUAAGUAGUAUCUGGUAGCAGUAGAGUCAGUCAAGCUAGGUAUGCUUAAUUUAGUUGGGGUUUGCCAUUAUUGUAUCUGAUAUGAUUGAUGAAAUUAAGUCUUUUGUUGAUCCUCUA